UGUGGGAGCCUAUCAUGGUCUGAACUGUGUGGACUCUGGUCUUAGACUGUUGGAAGGAGAGGACAUUCUGGCACACCUCAGCCCACGUUAACCAUGGCCUCAACCUUGGUGAUCUCGGUGGUGGUGGCGGUGUUUGUAGUCGUAGCGACAUUGUUGUACUUCCUCCUUGGAUAUUCUACGGGAGGAAAGAGGAAAGGGCCUGUAACGCUCGAGGAUCCCACAAUCAAAUAUCCAUUGCCACUCAUAAGCAAACAGGAAAUCAGCCACGACACAAAGAAAUUUCGGUUUGGCCUUCCAUCGAAGUCUCACAUCCUUGGACUGCCAGUGGGUCAGCACGUUUACCUGUCGGCUAAGGUCAACGGCUCUUUGGUGGUCAGAUCUUACACUCCAGUCUCCAGUGAUGAGGACCAGGGAUUUGUUGACCUCGUGGUUAAGAUAUACUACAAAGGCACCCACCCAAACUACCCAGAUGGGGGGCAGAUGUCUCAGUACCUGGACAACAUGGCCAUCGGAGACACCAUUGACUUCAGAGGACCCAACGGACUUCUCAUCUACAAGGGCAAGGGUGUGUUUUCGAUCCGUGCCAACAAGAAGACGGAGCCAAAGGUUCAGAAGUUUAAACAUGUUGGAAUGAUAGCUGGUGGAACAGGUAUCACCCCAAUGCUGCAGUUAAUCCGAAGGAUCACAUCCGAUCCUGCCGACAACACCAAGUGCUCUCUCAUAUUCGCCAACCAGACAGAGAAGGAUAUUUUACUGUGGGACGAGCUGAAGGACGUGCAGAAGAAUCACCCUGACAAGGUUAAGAUCUGGUAUUCUUUGGACAAGCCUCCCAAAGACUGGAGCUACAGUUCAGGGUAUGUGAGCCACGACAUGAUCAACGAGCACAUUCCUGCUGCGGCCAGAGACGUCCUCAUCGUCCUCUGCGGACCCGCGCCUAUGAUCCGUAAUGCUUGUCUGCCGAAUCUGGAGAAACUGGGACACAAAAAUGAAAAUAUCUUUGCGUACUAGUCAUGUUCAACAAACCUGUUUUUGUUAAGUUUGUUUGUUCUAUGAAGGUAGAAAAAAAAAUCCACCACACACAUUUUUUUCCCACAUGCCUAAUAACCGUCUAAUGCAAGAGAGUUUAAAAGUAAAGUGUUGCUUGUGCACCGGUUUUGUGUAGCUGGUUUGUUCAACUGCUAUUUUUACAUCUUACUUUCACAAUGACUUGGUCGUCUAGAAAGCUCACUUGGAGGACCUGCACUUUAAAUAAACAUAACUGUCUUAAACGGGGAA